AUGCCCUCCAACUUCUUCAACUGCGUGCUGCUUGGCUUGCUCACGCUCGAGUUGGUUAUCGCCCAAUUCGAUAACACAUUCGAGUUCACCGAAGCUCCGUUGUCACCAACGUUGACUUGGCACACCAAUGAAUCCGAGUUCUUCGGCGGGUGGAUAUACCAUGACACAACUGGCUAUCUCGAAAGCGGAGCACCACGGACCGAUUUCCAGGCGAAAACCUUGACGGUCGAUUUCAUUGGCAGCGGCUUCCGCAUUCAUGGCGAACUGGACACGGGGGGCCGAGAUCCUCUCUUGCUCGACCUGGGCUCGUUCUGGGUCGCGCCGAACAUGUCCACCGCCUUCAAAAUUAACAAGACCAGUGGAGUCAUUGCCGAAUGGGAGUUUCUAGGCGCAGUGAGAACGAUGGUUGCUCAUAUCUGGAUUCCUGAAGACAUUGGCUUCAUACUGCACAACGUCACCACUCAUAACCCCGAAGCUUGGUCGAAGGAGGCUGUGUAUCAGCCUGUAGUCGUCAAUGGUAGUCUGAGCUCCCAGAUGUCCGCCAAAGAACUCGAUGACACUGAACUGCGAUUCUUUUCGCUCUCUCAGUCCGAGAGACGCGUGGCCCCUGAGUAUCUUCCUCCACGAGUCUUUGGAGAAACUCUGAUGCUGGAGUCUGGCAAUGAGCUCCUCUACCGAUUGCCCCUCAAUACCUCUCUUGUCAGAGUGCUCGGACCAGUUGGGUCAAACUCAGACUGGGAUCACGCCAUCAGGAGCAAUACAAUGAAGCUGUGCACUAUCCAAUUCGACCCUUUGCCCUAUUGGUUCAAUGAAGGUAGCUACCAGCACAUAAGCUGGGAGUUGUCUUUUGUACAAUCACAGCGACCCAGCUUUUCUGCCAACAUGACCCUCUUCCGAGUCCCUCUGGACCCAAGAGUCCAGUACACGGCGAAGGUGAUGCCCGUUUACAGUGGGCAGCCCAGGGUCUGCGUCUUCUCCGGCUUCGAAACUUACCCUUUCCAUGUCCGGAAUGGAAGUUUUAUUGAAGGAGGGGGGCACGGAAACCACAGUCACAACGGCAGUACGCCCGGAAACAAGCAUCUCGGAGACAGUAACCAAACCAGAGAGGAGGACGGAAAAGAGUUUAGGCCGUUCAAGACCAGCACUCUCGUCGGAGCCGUGGUAGGGACAGCUGCUGGCAUUCUGGCCAUCGGUGUCGUUGUUUUCAUCACCCGUCGAUGUGUUUUGCGGCGCCGUUUGCAGUCGGAAGCCAGUAUACCUGAUUUCGAAGUAGACCAUGCCCCCGCCAUUCUGACGCCAUUCGUCACUGAAGUGACAGCAGGAUCGACAGCUGGCGCAAAUGUUGGGCCGGUAGUGCCCCCUCCUGAACCUCGAAGCAGUACUCAAAGCAUCCUCUCGCCACUCCUGAAUCGGCUCAGCUCUAUUUCUAAGACCCCCAGAUCUUCUUUGGCAACAACGCGUCCUGAAGAGGCAGCAGUGUCAUCCACCACGGCGGACCCUAGCACGCACCCAACUGAGUCUUCAAUUGGCCACUCCAUCGCCGGAUCCUCUGCUCGACCUGCACGCCGCGCCAUCCAGGCGGAGGACGCAGAGGACGCAGAUAUUGAGAUCGUGCCUCCUGCAUACCGCGACGCGUGGGCCCAGCGCCUGUCUCAGUCCGAGCUCCACGACGGAUCUGUGGCGGUCACGAGGAGUGUGAAAGGAGAGCGCGCCCAGGAUCUCGGGCCCCUUUGCCUGAGAUGA